UAGAUGAGGCAACGGAUAUUAUUAAGGAUGGAAAUGUAUGCAGUCACGGCUGACAAACUAUUUUGAGCUUGAUGCUUAUAAAGUAUUAAAUAUUUUGUUAAUUGAGAGACUAAAGAAGACUUCGGGUUUCCAGGUAACCCAAAUUUAUAAAGGACCAAUGGUAAGAGGACUGUAUCACGGUCUCGGGUUGAUGAUAUGGCAAGAAAACAAUAAACAGCAGAUAUAUAAUGGUUAUUUUUACACUAGUUAUAUUCACGGGUACGGACGUAUGAUUUAUGCAAAUGGAUCUGUUUUUGAGGGUAUAUACAAAGACAAUCGACGCUUUGGUCCCGGCAUAUUGACUUACGUCAAUCAACAACAGGAUGUAGGUUUUUGGUUUGGUAACCGAAUGUUGCGUACAAUUUCUGAUGUAACCUGGCAGCUCGUACAGUCGUUUGAAGCUUCCAACACAGAUGGACUCAUCAAACAACUCCAAUUUAGAGAUCUCAUAGACUUGACUCAAGAACCUCAUGCAAUUAUCACCUUAAGAGACAGGAAUGAAGAGUAUCUAAACACUAAUCAUUCCUACGCCCACACUAAGGAUUACAAGAGUUUGUUUUUCGACGUCCCUAAGUAUAAUGAUGUUUUUUUCCGAAAAAUUACUCAGAUGACAUCGGCAAUCAAAUUGAAUAGUGCCAAUUGUCGAAACGGUAAUCGGUACAAACUCGGUCACAAUUUAGAAGAUUUUAUACAAAAGUAUUAUUUGAUAAUACCAAGAGAAGAAUCGUCACAAUCGGUCACACAGUUUUUGUUGACCUGUGCUAUUCAAUUCGGUGAAAACAUCGAGGCUCUUGGCAGGAAUUCGUGGACACUUGACGAGAACGAACUUGACCAUGCCGAGGAUGUGGAAUCUGCACAAUUACACAAGCCUAGUAUUUUUCCACGUCUGUUGGCCUACAAUAACAACACUUUGGAUAAAAUGAUAAUGGCCCAUAUGUUUCAACAAAAAUUUGCCGAAGAGAGCAUAUUUAUCACCAUGAACGAUUUGUGGGAAGGAAAACGAGACGUGUUCGGGUCGCCCGGCGAUCAAGAGCUGGCCGCCAAUUACCUUUUGACCGAAUUAGACCUUAGCCCGGACCACGUGCAAAAUCAUAUUUUGGAUUCUAACAUCGAAGUGGACGUAGCCGAUUUUCGUGGCAACACUCGUCUGAUGAUCGCCGUCGCCAACGAUCAACACGAUAUCAUCCAUUGUCUAGUUGGUCUCGGUGCUUACCUAGAGUGUUGCAACGACGACGGGUUUACCCCUCUAAACAUGGCUCUGAUGCGGUACGUUUGCUUGCUAAACAACAUCAAACGUUGGAACGAAUACGUGAUUCCCCACGUGGUUUUGAAGUUUAACGUUAAAAAAGGCUCUCAAGUUCUCGUGUUAAAAAAUAAACGAAAUAUCAAUUUUUUUAGUCCAGAAAAUUUAGUCAAUCUUAUAGUUACAGACGAAACGAAUAUUAUGAAUGCCGAAAAAUCAAUCUUCAAAAUAAAACAAUCUGUUAUGAUGAAACGGGUAGUUUAUAGUUCGAUUGAAAAGACCAUUUCGAUUCUGUUGAAUAAAGGAGCCAAAACGACUACUAGCUGUACCCCAAGAUCGAGUAUUCAUAUGGCUUUGAUGACGUGCAAUUAUCACAUUUUAGAAUCCGUUAUUAAAGCGGAAGGAGAUGUACACUACAUUUUGACUGAUGAGGAAUUGUACUUAUGAACGACGACCCGGUAUGAAUGUGUCAGAUUAUAAUAAGGCUAUGGUCCUUUGGUUGGACUCGGGAUUUGAAAACACUAUAAGACAAAUAGAGAACGGUCGCAUCUAUCAACCUCAAACGCUGCCUACAAAAACAAAUAAUAACAUAGCAAACAUUGACGUUGUAACUUAUGUGGAGUACUUAAAGAAGCUUAGACGGACUCCGGUGGAUAAAGCCUUGUUUAGACUUACUCAAGUACGUGAUCGAUUAGACGAUACAUCGGAAACUUAUAAUGUACAAUCUUCAUUGAUUUGCUGUGAAUUCAAGGAAGAAAGCGAGGUGUGCUACGAAUGUUUGACACAUUCAUCAAAGCAGAUGACCGCUUGCUCGAUUUGUUACUUUGCGUUGGUCUGCUCGGAUGAGUGUAAAGAAAAACACGACCAACGAAGGUGCAAGGUAAAGUUUCGUAAGAACUUUCUAAUAGAAAUUCAAAAGGAUUUCCAAAAGCACAAUAAAGUGACAGAGGAAACGAUCGAUCGACUCCUACAUAACCUCGAAUCGAAAAUUUCAUUAAGCUCGUUUUACCCACAACUUUCGGGUAAUAUAUCUAUUUAUUUUUAAUUCAUACCCAAAUGUUAAUGCUUAUCAAAAUGGCUAAUACCACCAGUUGACGAUAUCAAGUACAAAUCCGAGUACAAAUUAUUAUCUCACCAACAUGUUGGCAGAACGAGCUCCGCAAAAGAAUCUUCAGGGUCAAAUCUAUUUGGCGAAUUCAAUUUCGAAUCUGAAGAAGGACUUUCUGACGAGAACAGCGAAAUUAAUCACGAGUUAUCCGACAAAAAUAAUUCAAUUUCUCUUGGCAACACGAAUGAACACAAUAAAUUCAACGCUAAUAAUAUGGAGUUUUUGAAACAGUGGCGUUUCGCUUACAAAAAGGAUUAUUGGACCAUGAGACAAACCUGUAGUGGAAGAAUUUUAGAACCAGAUGAGCAGUCCAUACUCAAAUAUAAGACUGUGAAAAUUCCUGGUUGCGGCAGGCCUGUUUUGCUGUUAUUAGACCGGAAUUGCGUGGAAGAUUCGUCUUCGCUAAAAAAGACAACAGGUAUAGAAACGCCGCCAUGUAUGUCAAUGUCUUAUGCCGGUCAAAUGGAAUACGAAUUAGGAGAUCGCCGUCGUAACGUAUUUCACAACUACACCCAAAUUUAGACUUUUUUAUAAAAAAAAAAUACAUAUAUAUUUAUAUAAAAAAUGGAAUCCACGAUUCGUUCAAAAUACUCUAAAGUCAUUAGCCAGGUAAUCGUACACAGGUCACAAAAGUGACUACCCUCUACUCAUAAUCCUUUUACCGCUAUUGUAUUAUGAUUUUCAUACUCUUUCUUUAUAAUGAUUUUUAUAUAAUAUGGCACUGUUUUUGCGUCUGUCCUAUUUUACCUGUAGUGAAGCACAGUCUUGAAAUAUAGGUAAGUGGCACUUGAAAAACAUAUGAUAAUUUGGUACAUCAAAAAUAUUUAUGCUAUCUAACUUGAAUUUAACUGUUAUUUUAAACCAGAUCAACUAAAAAAAUUGUAUUAAAUCAGUUAUAGUUUUAUAGCAAUGAAAGUAAAAAUUACAAAUUAUUGUAUAAUUAGUAGUUUUUCAGUUUUGCACCAGAACUAAAACUUUUGCACAAAUUGGUCAUAAGUCACAACUUACAACAGGAGUUACAGUCCACUGAUAGUAUAAACUCUAAUUAACAUUAAAAUUCAGUUUUUUUUUUUGAGAUUGUUGAAGUCGCUAAUAUUUUCAAAGAGUAUAAAAUCAGCGAUAAACGUCAGAAAGCUUAC